AGGAUCUUACUCGUAUUAGGUGGCCAACGAGAAUGGCUCAACCUAGCGCUGCUACCAGACUGCCUGCCAAUGUACCACCAAGCGGAGCAGGAAUACGAUCGGAUGGAGGAGGAAGUCGAUCACAACAAGCACAGCAUCAGCAACAACAACAACAACAACAAGCAGCAACAAAUGAUACCCUUUCCGUUGUGCUGGUAACAGCAGGUUAUGAUCACACAAUCAGAUUUUGGGAAGCAUGGUCAGGAAUAUGUAGUCGUACAAUUCAACAUGCAGAUUCACAAGUGAAUAGAUUGGCAAUUUCUCCCGAUAAACGUUAUUUAGCUGCUGCAGGAAAUAAUCAAGUUCGUUUGUAUGAUACCUCACAUGGCGGUGUUUCAGCAAGUAUGAGUGGGAGUGGCGCAGGUGGAAGCAAUUCAGGUGCAUCAGGGCAAGCACAAGGAGGUCAAGGAGCACCUGGAGCAGGUGGUGGUGGAAACCCGAUUCAAACUUUUGAUGGUCACAAUGGCAAUAUCACUUCACUUGCAUGGCACUGUGACGCUAAAUGGCUUGUUACAGGGUCAGAAGAUGGUACACUGAAGAUUUGGGAUACACGAACAAAUAGAGCACAACGGAUAUACGAUCAUCGCAAUCCUGUCAAUGAUGUCGUUGUACAUCCCAAUCAAGGUGAACUCGUUUCUUGCGAUCAAGGCGGAAGUGUCAAGGUGUGGGAUUUAAGCGAAAAUGGAUGCAGUCACGAACUUGUCCCUGAAGAGGAAGUACCAAUCCGUUCAGUCACAGUUGCAUCAGAUGGAUCUUGUCUCGUUGCCGGAAACAAUGUAGGAAAUGUGUACGUCUGGCGGAUACAAAACGGGAGCUAUGACGACCUUGAUCCAUCUAUCAACCCUUCUCGUUCUGGUAUCUUGGAUGGCCAAUCAGGGACACCACUUGAUGGUACAAACGGUGCAGGCCCAGGCAAUGGAGAUUUCACUGACCUACAGCCUGUCACAAGAUUUCAAGCACACGAUAAAUAUUUGACAAAAUGCUUAUUAAGUCCAGACGUUCGUCAUUUAGCAACAUGUUCGGCAGAUACAACAGUUAAGAUUUGGAGUACAUCUCGAUAUGAAUUCGCAUUAGAGAAAACUUUGGUUGGACAUCAAAGAUGGGUUUGGGACGCUGCUUUUAGUGCAGAUAGUGCUUAUCUUGUUACUGCUUCUUCGGAUCAUGUUGCAAGAUUAUGGGAAUUAAGUUCAGGUGAAACUGUUAGACAGUAUAACGGUCAUGUAAAAGCAGUCGUUGCAUGUGCUUUAAACGAUUCCCAUUUGGAUGGCUGAAAGUGAUUUUUGAAAGCAAGUUUUGUAUGAAUGUAUGUAUCUAUAGCUACAAUGAAUUAUCGGAAAUCGAGACGAGACGUAAAGGGGUAUGGAGCAUAAGAGGCGAAGAAUGAUGGCAGUGUAGUGUAAAGAAAGCAUAUAGUAAGAAGCAAGGAGUCUAAUCGACUGGCAAAGAUUGCAUUAAAUCCAUGAGAACGCCAUCGAUGAUGGAAUGACCGGGAACGUACUUCCAAAUAGAUUCGAUAUGUGGUCCUAAUCCGACCGAAUAAUCUUUUCUUGGACAAGUACGUACGAGUGCACUUUUCAUCGUAUCCAAU